CAUCUGUGACUGGCUCGGCCCAGUGAAGCAGUCGCAGAGGUUUCAGACACACUCCAGCGCAGCCAGGGGCUCGUCUCCAACGAUGCCACCCCUCCCCAGCUAUUUACUACAGUAGACCGACCUUUGGAAACUACCUGCGUCGCCUUUUGCACACCUGCCCCUCGCUCUCCUCCGCCGGUGGCGCGCCGCGUUUUACGCGUGGAAGUUGGAAUGUGCCUCGCUGCCGUUACGCGCGGCUGGAUCCCGUCUGCGCGGAGGAUGCUGUGGGGUUUAUGAGCGCGGGUCCCACUGAAAAGUGAGCAGCCAUGCGGGGCGCUCGGCUGCUGCUCAGUUACUUUCUGGCGAAAGUUAUGGUGUGCGACGCGGAGGGCGAACCGGGUCAGGGCGCCGACGACUUCAUCCUCGUGACCGGGUUCAACGGCUCCAAGGAGGCGGAGAGCGACGUGACGGAGAGUCCGCACGUAGAGGACAAGUGCCGCGGCUACUACGACGUGAUGGGCCAGUGGGACCCGCCGUUCGUGUGCAGGACGGGCAGCUACCUGUACUGCUGCGGCACCUGUGGCUUCAGGUUCUGUUGCGCCUUCAGAAGCUCCCGGCUGAACCAAACCACCUGCAAGAACUACGACACGCCGCCGUGGAUGAUGACGCGCCGGCCGCCGCUGAAGAAGGACGUGGCACAGGACGCAGCCAGGGAUAAAACCAACCUCAUCGUGUACGUGAUCUGCGGGGUCGUGGCCAUCAUGGCACUGAUCGGGAUUUUCACCAAGCUCGGUUUGGAAAAGACGCAGCGUCCGCACAGAGACAACACGUCGAGGGCGUUCGCCGAGGUGAUCCGCCACCCCGCCUCGGAGCUGGACGACGUCCGGCUGGGUCAGCCCUAUGAGAACAUCCAGACCCGAGUCACGGUCAACAGCCUCCACAGCAACCAGAUGAACAAUGUGGUUCAGACGUCAACCCUGAUUACUCAACCUUACCUGACUCUGGGACCGAUCACCAGCCCCUACGAACAGCAGAAGCCUGUCAAGGACCUCAACACGUAUGCGACGCUCAAGGCUGUGGAGAAAGCUAACGACAGCUUCUACAGCAACCGCCGGCAAGUGAUGGAGAUGGCGAGCAAGGGCGGCCUUCCCAUGGAAGCCAUGGAGACGGAGGCCGAGCCCAGCAAUCCCUACAGCCCGCCCAGGCAGCUGUCCGCCAAGCAGAACUGUCACAAAUACAAAAGCCCCAAACGCCGCAGCGCCCAGUCGGUGUCGUACAACCCGGACGCAGCCGGCAGCCCGGGGGCGCUGAGGUGCUGGGAGAGCAGGGACACGCUGGGGCUGCGGGCGAGCUGCGGCGCAAAGAAACUGUGCAUCAUAGAGAAGGAGCUGCACACCACGCGCUACCUGCCUCCGCAGCCGUACUACGUCACCAACAGCAAGACGGAGGUGACGGUGUGAGGGACUGUGGAGGAGGAGGAGGGGGGGGGACGCUCCCUGCGGGUGAGUGACGUUUCAUCCAUGCUGAAGACACAAGCUGAAGGUGGCGUGUACAGGUACCAGACUGGUACCGGCCGCUGGGCCUAAGGAGGACACAGAGCAGAACAUAUCUGUCUUCAUGUAAUUAAGGCACCUGCUCUAAAUAAAUCACAUGAAACACGUCACAUAUACAAUGUUGCCAAUAUUCACUAAAGACCUGAGAAAUAACAAUUUUCAUGUACUGAAAGGAAAGAAAUUCAUGUAUUAAUGCAGUAGCUGGAUUAUACUGGACAUGAAGAUGCGACGUCACAAACUUUCUCCUGAAUAUCCUUUACGUUUAAGCUCAGCUCUGUGUUGACGCGAUUGGAUGUUAAUCAGUACACGAACACACUUCCACCUUAACUGACAUAUUGGGAGCACAGAGUGAAUUUUUAGACCUUGCUAAAAUGUAUUUUCUUCUCCUAAUGAAUUAGACCCCAAGCUGUGCCGUACUCUCAUUGUGAGUUGGUCGCACUCAGUUUGGAUUAUCGAACAUCAGUGACUGCAAGAAAACGUGGAAAUGACAUGAGGUCAUUUCUUACGUGGGUCCGUACAUUUAGGUACAAUCCACACUGUUAAAGUGUAACAUUUGUGAAUAUACUGUGUCUUUUUUGUCCUGUCCAGCAGGUUAGCAUGCAGCAUGUAAUGAGCUGAAGGUCACAUAAUGAUGGACAGUUUGUUUUUUUCAGGAAGAGUAAAUGAAGAUAAUAUCAUCCUCUUGUUGAUCUGUGUUUAAAGUCGUUGUCGUUAAAAGACAACUGUGUGUUUUUAAAUUGGUCGAAUUUUGAGCAUAACUGGAUGUUUUUAGAACCAGGUCACUGCCAAUAGUCCAACAACACAUAUGAUCAGCAGUAGAAACAGCUGCAGAGUGUUAAACCAGUGAUGCAUGGGUGUAAUGGUGCCUCUCAUCACUACCAGCACAUGUGAUUAUCCUGCCCCCAACAAAAGCCAUUUCAGUGGUGGGGGAUUCACAUUUUCAUAAAUAUAUGCAAGUGAAGUCCUUCUAGUUCCAACUCUGUGUUUGAAUGUUUCUGGCCUCCGUGAACAAAUUCCGUCAGAGCAAACGCGAAAGUGUCGACUCGAGCGAGCCAAGAAUUAGGUCAAGUCACUGGGAUUCAUGCCGCACCCCAGAAAAGUUCCCAGUCAAUAAUUGGAGCUGAUCGUCUGCUCCAGCGACUCCCCAGCCGGGGCGUGUGUUAAGGGACGCUCACGCCCGCCUGCAGGUCUUAGUCAUGACUAUUUCAAGCAGCCGAGGACGAGGCUGGACUCAAACGUGAUACACAAGUGGGAAGUGGGAGCUGGUAGUGUAAACGGCAUAUUUGAGCCUUCUCACGUCCAGUUCUUACGAAGGGACACGGAUGCAGGUUGUUUUAUUUGGGGAGCGAUUAAUAUUCUCACACUUCCAAACAAUCUGUAUGCAUAUUUGUCCGAUACCUAUAAAUACAGUAUAUACAGCGCACCAAGCUCUCUGUUCAUAUAAUUAUCAAGUUCACAGUUAAACUAAUUCUGUUCACAUUAUUUAAAACCUAUUAUUAAUUCAGCUAAAAACUUCAUAAGAACUGUAACUGUUGUACAGUCACUAACGUUGAACGUGCCUGUGUUGUGAAUACGAAAUCAAAUCAUAGUCACAUAUGGAGUGCCAAAUGUAAAAGGAGCACCUAUAACAUGUUUUCUCACAUUUAGAGUAAAUGUGCAAAAGUCUAAAUGUAAAUGUUAAAUGUAAAUGUAAAUGUAAAUUUAAAUGUUAAAUGUAAAUGUUAAAUGUUCGCCGAGUGUAAACUGAAUAUUCAUGAAUGUGCAAGUAGACUCCACCCCUACCCUCAAACAGCACUGGUCUAAGAUCAGAGACGCGAACUCAAUCACCUCAAACAGUGCGCGCAAACCCCGCCCACAUCUGAUCUGGAAACUUUUGUUUUUAGUCUGGACGUAACUUCGGCUAGCUAGUAUAGUUAGCCAACUAAUUCUACACCGGCGCCACAGAAAUAUUCUAUUUAAACCUACUUAACUCUCCAUUAAUGGUGUUUACGACAGAACAGCAGUUUGAAGCGGAGCCUCAGCCCGCACACCUGCCGCUACAGCCCGUUCAAUCUCCACUAGCGGGAGGGAGUCGGAGCUGGCGGCCAUGAUGGCUUCGACUUCAGGCUUCUCUCCAGUAUUUUCGUGCACUGAUCCAGAGUCAGAUGUGGGCGGAGCUAUGCGUACUGUUUGACGUGUUUGAGUCCGCGUCACUGAUCUAGGAUAAUAGGGGGUGGAGUCUACUUAAAUAUUUAGUUCGAUCAUUUAACAAUUACGUUUAAUAUUUACAUUUAACAUUUACAUUUACAUUGAACAUUUACAUUUAACAUUUACAUUUAACAUUUACAUUUAUAUUUAACAUUUACAUUUAGACUUUUGCACAUUCAACUAAAUGUGAGAAAACAUGUUGUGUCAUUUAGUUAAAUGUGAGAAAACUAGUUAUAGGUGCUCCUUUUACAUUCGGCACCCCAUAGUCACACGCUGGAGUAAAUCAUAAUACAGGAAGAUCUACUGUGAUAACGCCGCAUAAAACACCUUUGUGUAUAGUAGUAUUUGUUUGCAAACCCAUAGUGAGAAGCAGCACUAACAGUAUAUUUGACUAUGUUUAAAGUCCAUAUGAUCACAAGUCAAAUAUUAUAUAUUUGCGUCUGGUGAUUUAACUGCACUAUUAACUUAACUGUACGUACAAUACAAUUAUGUUAUGUUGGUUCCCACUGUUUGACGUUUCACAUCAUUGUGGUGUUUUAUUUUGAAAAUGGUUCAGUGCAGGCUGGGAUGUUUUCUCUUGUGACUGCAUUUAGAGGGAACACCCUGCAAAAUGGUCAGGAACUCCACCUUUGACCCUUCAAACUGCAGCACGUGACAGUUGAACAAACAUCCCUUCUUGAUUAUAACUGAGUGAUUUAAGCAUGUGGACGAACAUCCACAGAUGUGAGCUGUCUGUAGCAUCUUUGGUGCCUAAGUGAACACCUGCCCCAACACCAAACUAGACGAGGGACGGACCGCUUUCAUAUGAUGUGCUAGCAGUUGAUGGGACUUUCUGUUUUAAUAUCACCUUUCUGUAAAAAUGGUUCAUCGUGUCAUUAUAUUAUCUGCAUUAAAUUAUUUUGAAUAACUACUUUAAAA